AUGCCAAACUGGAAGGACGAAUACUUGAGCUCCCUUCUCCAGGCGGAGAAGAACAACCCUGUCAACAUGGAACUUGUCGAAGCCUGCUCCCAGCUCGUUGAUCGGGUCGCAGCUCUCGAGGCCGAGAAGGCCGCCUUCGAACAAUCCGUCCCCCCUCCUACCCUCUCCCCCCAACCACCCAGCAACAAAUCCCGCCAAGCAGCCCCUCCAACCACUGGCGGAAACGACUACGUUAUCGCACAGCUACAGCGUGACCUAGCCGAAGCACUCCGCUCGAAGGGAUACUACGAAUCCCGGACGAAGACAGCCGAGGCGGAACUCGACAAGACCAAGAGCGAUGCCAAGAACGGCGAGAAGAUAAUACGCGAACUAACGGCCGAGAGGAACAAGCUCGUGACCAAGCUCAAGGAUAGAGACCAUGAACUUCGUGAGCAGCGAAAGUUGUCGUCGAAUGUUCAAGACGAGAUGAUUGCGUUAAAUCUACAACUUUCAGUGGCAGAGAAGCAGCGCGACAAAGUCAAGAAGGAUAAUGAAGAACUCAUCGCGAGGUGGAUGGAGAGCAAGGGUGCCGAAGCCGACAAGAUGAAUCUCGCCAAUGAGGCGCUCUUCGAAGCGAGCCGAUAG